AUGAGAUCCCCUUUGAUAAUGACCAAGGGUUGUGGAAGUUUAUGCAUUUGUGAUAAAAAGGGUGUGGGAGGGAGGGGUUUAAGGAGACGGUCCUCCAUCUUUUCUGCCUUCAACUUUCCCUUCAUUCUUCGGUUCCUGCUUUUUCCUAUUUUUGCAUCCCACCAUUCUAUUCUUCAUGCAAUCCCCUACCUCUCCUGCUUCUUGCCUUCUCUUCUAGGGCUCACGCUUUGCCUUUCAUCUUCCGAUGCGCUCCUCCCUUCAAAUCUACUCCUUUUUAGACUCUGCUUCCUCAACCCUUUUUUCAACUUUCAUUCUCCUCCACCCACCUUUUCUCUCUCCCUCAACACACUGUUGCUUCAAAACAUAUAUUUACUCAUUCAUCUUCUAAUUAUAGAACCACUUCAAAUCUCGCGCUACGACGACGUAUCCAUUAAGAUCUCUGACGGUGGCUCUCGAUCCGCCACCGUCCGAUCUCCUCCUACUCCACCGCAUCAGGUGACGGCUUUUCGGGAUCUGCCAACUUCUUUAGUGACAGAUGAUUUGAAAAAAGUUCUUCGUGGACUAAAGGAGUACUGGAGAGAUAUGGAAGUCAACAAUUGGCAUACGGACCUUACAUAUGAUGACUGGGUACCAAUCACCGUAUCUGGUGCUCGUCCAAGUGCUCGCUACAAGCAUGCUGCAGCAGUAGUUGAUGAAAGAUUGUACAUUGCUGGUGGGAGUCGUAAUGGCCGGCACUUGUAUGAUGUUCAGGUUUUUGAUUUAAGAAGUUUGACAUGGUCCUCUCUGAAACUAAAAGCAAAUGUUGGAAUAGAGGAUGGUGAUAACUCACGGGAGUUUCUUCCUGCCACAUCUGGCCACAAUAUGAUUAGGUGGGGGGAGAAACUGCUUCUUCUUGGUGGCAUUCGAUACAUUGACAUUGGAACAUGCCAAUUUGGAGUUAUUAAGACUUCAGGAAAUGUUCCAGUAGCCCGUGUGGGACAGUCUGCAACGCUGGUUGGUUCGAGAGUGAUAUUGUUUGGUGGAGAAGAUAUGAACAGGAAGCUGUUGAAUGAUGUCCAUGUUCUCGAUCUGGAUAGUAUGACUUGGGAAAUGAUAGAGACUACCCAGACACCUCCAGCUCCUAGAUUUGAUCAUGCAGCUUCUAUUCAAGGAGAGCGCUACCUUCUGAUAUUUGGUGGUUGCUCUCAUUCUGUCUUCUUCAAUGAUCUUCAUUUGUUAGACAUGCAAACAAUGGAGUGGUCCCAACCCCAAACUCAAGGUGAUUUAGUAUCUCCCAGGGCUGGACACGCUGGUGUCACUAUUGAUGAAAGCUGGUUUAUAGUUGGUGGCGGAGAUAAUAAAAGUGGUUGCCCUGAAACCCUGGUGUUAGACAUGUCUAAGCUUGUAUGGACGGUAUUGACUGUUGUGAAGCAAAAAGAUCCACUUUCUAGUGAGGGUCUUAGUGUCUGUUCAACGACAAUUGAUGGAGAAAACUAUCUGUUAGCUUUUGGAGGCUAUAAUGGGAGGUACAGCAAUGAGCUUUUUGUUAUGAGACCCAAGGCAAAGGACAUCCUACGUCCCAAGAUUUUCCAAUCACCAGCUGCCGCUGCUGCUGCUGCUUCUGUUACUUCAGCUUAUGCAUUGUCUAAAUCAGAGAAGUUGGAUUUUAUGCAACUAGAUGACAUAAAUUUCAAGUCAUCUGUAAAUGGUCAUCAUAAAGAGGAUGUGACGGACAAAAUUGAAGCCAUUAAAGAAGAAAAACGGGUAUUGGAAUUGUCAAUUGCAGAAGUCAGGGCUGAACAUUCUAAGCUUGGAAGCGAGAUUGAAGAAAUAAAUAAUACUCAUGCUGAGUUGUCCAAGGAACUCCAGUCCGUCCAGGGACAGCUUGUGGCUGAGAGAUCAAGGUGCUUUAACUUGGAGGCCAAAAUUGCAGAACUCCAGAAGUUGCUGGAAUCAAUGCAGUCAGUGGAAGAUGAGGUGCAGGCUCUUCGUGAAAAGAAGUCUGCUCUGGACCAGGAAAUGGAGCUUGUUGCAACAGCUCAGAGACAGAGUUCUGGUGGAGUUUGGCGAUGGUUUGGUGGGAGUGAGACAAGAGAAAUAUGA